AUGAAAAAUCAAUCGCAUAAUUUGAGAUUAAUGGUUAUUACCAUUUUCCUGUUAACUUUACCAACUGGAUUUGCACUUCCUGAUUUAAAAAAUUCAACCUUUGUCUAUUCAGAAUUAUCAGUUCAGCCUAAUCUUACCAAAACCCAACCUCACAUUUUAAGUAUUUCGCAUUACGAUGGUUAUUAUGGUUAUCAUGAUUCGAUUUACGAUUAUAAUGCAACAGUUGUUCGCAUUGGUCGGGUGAAUUACUUUAAUAACUUCACCAAUAAUUACUGUUAUGAACAGAGGUUAUUACUUCGUGUUAUUCAAAAUAAUGGAAGUGUUAUCGAAAUAAAGUAUAACGAUACUGAUGAUGAAAUACAAGAUAUCAAUUAUUGUAUUGUUAAUGGUUAUAAUCCUAUAAAAAUAUACCCAUUAUUUAACCAAUACAUUCUAGUAACAUACACUCAUGCAGCUAAUACCUCUGAUAAUACAACUUUUAGGGAUAGAGGUGUUAUUUUAGAUUGGAGUGGGAAAAACAUAAGUACGCUCGAUUUUGGGCCAUCGUAUUUGUCCCCAGGCACAAAUAAUUGGAUACCAUAUGAACUCAUAGUAAAAAAUAUUGGUGCUUCCAAAAUGGGACUUUUGCGUUUAUCCGCGGUUAGUGGAACAAAUGAUUUCGAAUGGAGGCACAGUGACAGUAUAGAAAACUUCAAUUUAUUAUUGUUACAGAGUGAUAAAAUCUAUAAUUUAACUAGCUUUCAGGUUUCCUUACUUGUAACUAACGGCGAAUAUGCGAUUAUAUACACUAACACGACCAUUAAGACUAACAAUGCAUUAGCCGCUCAAUUUAUAGGAAUAUAUGCAAUAAUGUUGAAUUACAUGUAUACAAAAGCACCUCAAAAAAUGGUUUUAUAUGAAUUGCCAACUAAAGACCUAACGUUCACUGGAUUAUCUUGUUCUGUCGACUCUGGCCAAUUAUGUAUUGCAUCAGUAGUACGUACACCGACUACAAACAUUAAUGCAACUACCACUUCAGACAACUUUUAUGUGAGAAUACGGUUGCCUUCUUCUGGAACUACAUCUUCUGAAACUACAGUAUCGCUGGAUCCAAUGUUACCAGUCAACAAUGGGUCUUUAGUAACGAAUGUUAAAAUAAUACCUAACAGAGGAUACGCAGUAAUAAAUAGAGCAUAUUAUGGACAAAAUAUAAAUUUCACCUUUGAUCUUUACGAUGAAGAUGAUAAGUUAUCCGUUAUUUACAACUCUUUAUUGAACCAAAUUAUUGCGAAUUUUGAUGGCGCGUUUGAUGUUUUACAAAAUAAUACGAUUUUAAUGGCUCUAAAUGGAACGGCAACUUCUUGGAAAUAUUUUUUAUUCGAUCUGUUGCCACUUAGAAAUUUACAAGUAAGGGCAAUGUACCCUCCAAAAAAUGACAUUAUAUCUUUGUAUGCCACUAUAAUCAACAUCACAUUCGAUGACCUCGUGUACUUGGGUGCCAAUUCCAAUUUAACCAUUUAUCAAACGAUUAACCAAACCAAUAUUACUCGACAGAUUAUUAAUGGAAAUAAUUGUUGUGGAUGUUCUUCUUCAGAAGAAGUCAUCGUACUUAAAGUACCUAAUUACACAUUUAAUGAUCCACUUGGACAAUAUUUUUUAAAGAUGGAUUAUGGUUUUGUAUACAGCGAACAUGACAAACCCCAACUGAAAAAUGGUCCAGAUGUGUAG